AUUUAUCGGAAGGAUCCGUGCGAAUUCUGCCUGUGCUUGGACGGAGAGAUGUUCUGCUGGUGGCAGGACUGUCCUCCAGCUGCGGAAGGACCGUGCAAGGAUCGCGGCCCAUUCACGCCCUGCCAGAUCAAAAGUGCCGUGUCUAAACCGAUGCCGCCUAAAGUGGAAACUGCGAAGCCGACAACGAAAUCAUCGGAAUCCAUUGCUAGCACUUUACUGCUAUCCACUCAAUCUUCCAAGAGACUAGAAGCUGUUGUACCAGCAGUAUCGAGCACGGAGAUGGCCCAAACGGACGAGAGGGCUUCCAGCCAAGAGCCGACAGCGAAGACGACAAUGAUGAAUGGAAACACGCCGAACCCGAUGGACGGAACGACCGAUGUAAUAAUCGCAACCGAUGAUGCACCGAAGAUCUGCACGGUCAUGG